AUGGAUAGCCCUUCAAUUUCUUCUACUUCCAUAACCUCUCUUCCACUAGAUAUUCUUCUCGAAAUUCUCACCGGUCUUCCUCCCAAAUCCGCAGUGGGAUUCAGAUGCACCUCCAAAUUCUUCCAUGAUCUCAUACCGGAGCCACGCUUCGCAUUCAGAAUCCUCGUCUCUCUCCCAUCCAAAACACCCCGCGCAUUAAAUUUAUACUCCGUGAGUUACAGUGAAGACAGCCAUGGAAACCUCCGAGCCGACACUGCCCAGCGUUUGGACGUACAAGGUUUAGUAUGUUCCAUCGAUGGCAAGACGUGUCUCUGCCGAGAAUCGGGAGGCGAAGCCGUCUACGACCUUAGUACCGGACGGCGUAUUUGUCUGCCGAGCAUCGGUUGGCCGGUCGGCUAUGCGGCGUCGUCUUUCAACUUGGGUGUCUGCUCCUAUUCGGUGUUGGGGUUUGACUCGGUUUUGGAGAGGUACAAGGUUUUCAGGUCGGUAGUGUACUGUGAUUCUGAUCAGGGGUGGAUGUUGAAUCGGCUGUAUGUUUUAACGGUGGGAGUGGAUAAGACAUGGAGGGAGAUAGACUACUUCCCUUUCACUGUAUCCACCCAGGGUGCCGUCCACAUUCAUGGGAUUAUCUAUUUGAUUCCACGCCAAUUCUCUCAACCGCUCACUAAUCUAUUUGAUUUCUUCACUACUGAAGAAUCAAAGAUAAUUGCAAUGGAUGUUGCGACGGAGAGUUUUAUCACAUCCAUACCGUUCCCAUUUGAGUAUCCCUCCCCUUAUCUUAAGGGUGGGCAGCCAUGGAUGAAAUUGAAUGGUGGCCUAGCUUUCAUUAACAUCCUCGGCCCACAAAAGGCUUCUGGAACCUUCACACCCUGGCCCGACAAGAUAGAUAUAUGUACGUUGGAGAGGUCAAUGGAGUGGGAGAAGCAGACAGUCAUUCUUCCAUUGGAGGAGAAGAAGGUGAUGGGAGAAGCUACUUUCAUGGAGUUUACAACGAAUAGUAUGGGGGAGAUUGUGUUCUUGAUUCAACGUAACUGUAUGACGUCUCCUUUGAUUUUAGUUUAUUCAUUUGGAAGAGAUGUUUGGAGAAGAUUUGAGAUACAUGCAGUUUGUAAUUAUCCAGAUUUUUACAGAGGUGCUGUGCAUGUGGAGGAUGAGAUUGUUAAUUUUUUGGAAUGA